AGUACUACUACACAUCAAUAUGGUCAAGAGUCAACCAAAAUGCUCCAUUCAAAGCCAGCCCCAAACCAACCAUUCACCCCAUCCAAACUCUACUCAACCCACCACCACCAUGUCUCUCUCUCCUCCUCCUCUCUCCUUUUCCCUCUCUCUCCUCCUCUUCCUCACCUCCCUCCUCCUCCUCCUCACCACCGCCACCACCACCUCCACCACCAUCUCCUCCUUCUCCAUUUCCCUCUCCCCUUGGCUCCCCUCCCAAAACCGAACCCUCCUCUCCCCAAACUCCACCUUCGCCGCCGGCUUCCACCCCGUAUCCCCAAUCCUCUUCACCUUCUCCAUUUGGUACUACAACCACAACACCACCACCCUAAUCUGGUCCGCCAACCAAAAAUCCCCCGUCGCCGCCUCUGCCAUCCUCGAGGUCACCCCCGCCGGCGCCCUCCGCCUCGCCGGAAACUCCUCCGGGCCAAACCUGUGGCCGAGAAGCCCCGCUUCGAACUCCAACUCCACCCAGCUCACCCUGAGCGACGCUGGAGAACUAGUUUUCGGAGAAUGGUCGAGCUUCGAUUUUCCGACGGACACGGUUGUGGCCACCCAGAACACGAAUGGAACUAAUUUGAGAAAUGGGAAUUUCAAGUUCGUGGAUGGGACCCAUCUCGUUUUCAACGAAUCUGAGGAUUAUUAUUGGAGUUGGUCCAGUUGGGCAGGCGCGUUCCAGAGACUUGAAGAGGACGGCAAAGUGAUAUGCAAAAAAGGUACGUUGUUAACAUCGGAUUCCGGGGCCAAUCGGUCCCGGAGAUUAACUCUCGACGACGAUGGGAAUCUCAGAAUCUACAGCUACGAUCCGGAUUUGGGCCUGUGGGAAAUCGUAUGGGAAGCAGUCCAAGAGCUUUGUAAAAUACACGGAACCUGUGGGCCUAACUCUAUAUGUAUAACCGACGGCGUCAACAAACCUACCUGUGAUUGCCCGCCGGGAUUCCGGCUGAUACCUGGCAUCACCGCAAAGCAGGGCGGAUGCGAGAGGAAGGUUCCGUGGACGGGAAGCAGUAGCACCAAGUUUCUACGGCUGGAUUUCGUCAACUUUUCCGGCGGGUCAAACCAAACGGUCCUUUUCCGUAACUUCACGGCGUGUCAAGGCUUGUGCUUGUCCGACCCGACGUGUCUCGGGUUCGAAAUCAAGUACGAUGGGAGUGGUUCCUGUGUGCUACAACUUGAGAGGCUACUGUACGGGUACUGGUCUCCGGGUACCGAAACUGCCAUGUUCCUUCGGGUGGAUAUAUCCGAACCCGAAGACUUUAGUUUCACAGGCAUGACGUCUGUGAUGGAGACGACCUGCCCAGUUAGGAUCAUUCUACCGUUACCGCCCAAAGAAUCCCAUACCACGACCCGGAAUAUAGUGAUUGUGUGUACUCUCUUUGCUGCGGAGCUUGUUUCUGGGGUUCUUUUCUUUUGGGCUUUUGUCAAGAAGUACAUCAAGUAUAGGGACAUGGCUCGAACCCUCGGACUUGAAUUUUUGCCCGCGGGUGGGCCCAAGAGGUUUAGCUACGCAGAGCUUAAAGAUGCCACCAAAAACUUCUCUAACAUUAUCGGUAGAGGUGGGUUUGGGGAUGUUUAUAAAGGAGAGUUGAGCGAUCACCGGGUUGUUGCGGUUAAAUGCUUGAAAAAUGUUACGGGCGGUGACGCGGAUUUCUGGGCCGAGGUCACUACUAUCGCCCGAAUGCACCAUCUAAAUUUGGUCCGAUUGUGGGGCUUUUGUGCUGAGAAAGGCCAGAGAAUACUUGUCCACGAGUACGUACCCAAUGGUUCACUGGACAAGGUUUUAUUUCCUCAUGCUCGUGAGAGAAUCAAUAAUACAGGAUCCGAAGUGGAAAUGCGUGCCAUUGGCGACAAGCCCAUACUUGAUUGGAACAUUAGGUACCGUAUUGCGCUAGGAGUGGCAAGAGCAAUCGCUUACCUGCACGAAGAGUGUCUAGAGUGGGUCCUACACUGCGACAUCAAGCCAGAGAAUAUACUUUUAGGGGAUGAUUUUUGCCCGAAAAUAUCGGAUUUCGGGUUAGCCAAGUUAAAGAAGAAGGAAGCCAUGGUUAGCAAGUCUAAGAUGCGAGGGACGCGUGGGUACAUGGCACCCGAAUGGCUCAAGAUGGAUCCGAUCACUCCGAAAGCCGAUGUUUAUAGUUUCGGAAUGGUGUUGUUGGAGAUUGUUGGCGGGGUUAGGAACCACGAGAUUCAAGGAUCAAAAUUGGAUAGUGAUGAUUGGUAUUUUCCUAGGUGGGCAUUCGAUAAGGUAUUCAAAGAGAUGAGGGUGGAGGAUAUUUUAGACCGUCAUAUCAAGCACUGCUACGAUAGCCGGGCCCACUUCCAUAUGGUAGAUCGGAUGGUGAAGACGGCGAUGUGGUGCCUCCAAGAUCGGGUGGAGAUGAGGCCGUCGAUGGGGAAGGUGGCUAAGAUGUUGGAAGGGUCGAUUGAGAUCGAAGAGCCUAAAAAGCCUACAAUUUACUACUUGGGUGAUGAAUAAAUAAUGAUGAUCAGCCAAGGAAAAUGCUCUAAGAAUGGUAUUAACUACUAGUAUAUAAUAAUUGUUAAGCACUGUUUGUAGUUUGUAUAAUUGAUAUGUACUGUUUGUUUGUAUUAGGUGUGAUGUAAUAAAGUAAAUGUCCUUCCUUUUAGGAAAGAGUAAGUUGUAUGUAUGUAGGUAUUGAAGUGUCAUAGUCAAUAAUUGGUGAAAUAAGUGUAAUCGUCUUAUAGUCAAGAAAUGUUGUCAAUAGAAGACUAAGAACAGUAAUGUUCAAUUAUAUGUGUAUUGUUUAUAUUCUCCUCUUUACUCCUAUAAAAGGGGGAGACCUCCACCGAUGUAAGGGCAAACUUAAGCAAUAUAUCGGUAGGGUUUAUAUCCCUUGUGUUGAGUA